AUGUCCGUCUCAAUUUUCCUCCUCGUUCUCAACAACUUUCUUAACAACCCGAUCACUCGACUUCUUCGAUUCAUCGAACCUGAUCACUGGAUCUCCUUGAAGCCGGAAGAUAAAGUAUACGUCCUCAAUGGAGAUUUAUACCAGCUUCAACUGCCAGCAGAGACAUCGGGGGUCCCUCCAGUGGCAGUUGGGACUUCUUCGGCAGCAACGAGGGGUGAAAGUCCACAACAACAACAAAACUCUAGCUCUGAGGACGAAUCAUCCACAAUUGGACCUCGCAAGCGCAGAAGAAAUGAUUCAGACCACAACGAUGACUACCACGGCCCAUCUUCCAUAAAUAAGUCUGGAGGCCCAUGCGAGGUUCCAGUUGGUUCUAGUUCCACGCUGGGAAGUCUCCAGAGACACCCAGGCGAUACGCGUGGUGGAGAUGAAGAGGAAUCUGAUGAGCAGGAAGGAGAAGGUCAGGAUGAGGAUGGCCAGGAUGAGGAUGGCCAGGAUGAGGAUGGCCAGGAUGAGGAUGGCCAGGAUGAGGAUUGGCAGGAAUGA